AUGGAUCACCCAGUACACCCUCUCCUCACCCUUCAACCUUCGGAGGUUCGUCGAGCCAGCAAGAUCGUCAAGGACAAGUUUGCUGGCCGACACGUCUUGUUCCGCAUUAUUGCCGUCAAGGAGCCCCCUAAAGAUGAAGUCGUUCAGUUUCUCGAAGCGGAGAGGGCGGGGCGCCCAUUGAGAUACCCGGCUCGCCGUAUCUACGUCAGCUAUCAAUUCAAAGGAGAAUCCGAGGCGUUCGAGGACAUCGUUGAACUUUACAGCGGGUCGGUUGUUCACCAUCGACAGCUCCCGCGAGGUAUGCAUCUGCCUUCGUCUCAGGAUGAUAUGUUGGCUGUCCAAAAUCUCGUGUUGGAUGAUCCACUAGUCAAGAGCGAGAUUGCACGAUUGAAUCUUCCUCUAAACACUGAGGUGGUCCCAGAGACUUGGCCUUACGGCAAGGAGAAUGAUAUUCCGGAUCCAAAGCGUUACCAGGUGUGGUUCUUCUUGAAAUCGAUUGAUCCAGGGGUUCAAAGACACCCGUCUGCCAACCACUUCGCCCACCCCCUCGACUUUUCGGCUGUCGUUGAUGAUGUCACGAAGAAGGUAAUUCGCAUUGACAGGCUGCCGAUGGGUUGGGGAUUGGACAGCAUUUCGGGAGACAACGAUCAGUGGCAGCCCAAUCCGGAUGCAGAGUAUGCCACCGAUCUGCAGCCGUCCAUCCGCAGUGACGUUAAACCAAUUUGCAUCCAGCAGCCCGAAGGCGUGAGCUUCAGGGUAGAGGCAAAUGAUCAGGUUGUUCAUUGGCAAAAGUGGCGAUUCCAUCUUGACUUCAACUGGCGCGAGGGCGCUGUUCUCCGUGAUGUUAGUUACGAUGGUCGUCCGCUGUUUUACCGCCUUUCUUUGGCUGAGAUGACUGUUCCCUAUGCCGAUCCCCGCUCCCCGUUCCAUCGUAAGAGUGCCUACGACUUGGGCGAAGGUGGUGUCGGCAUUACUGCCAAUAAUCUUCAGCUGGGAUGUGAUUGUCUGGGUUCGAUCAGGUACUUCGAUCGUUGGAUAAGUGACGAGCGUGGAGAGCCAGAAAUCAGAAAGAACUGUAUUUGUAUGCACGAAGUGGAUGCUGGGAUCGGGUGGAAGCAUACAAACUACCGAAAUGGUCGUGCUGAAGUGACCCGUGCUCGGGAGCUCGUUAUUCAGACUAUUAUGACUAUUUCAAAUUACGAGUACAUUCUUUGCUGGAUUUUAGACACUGCUGGUGCCCUCCAUUACGAAGUCCGUGCCACUGGUAUCAUGUCUGUGGUUCCCGCUGAUCAGAGAGAAGAUUUUACGAAGUUAGACUAUGGUAUUAUGGUCUCUCCUGGUGUGAUGGCUCCAUCACAUCAACAUAUAUUUUGUCUUCGUCUUGACCCUGCUAUGGAUGGAUACAACUCGUCAGUUGUUAAAUACGAUGAGACCAUUCCGGAGCCAAUGAACCCGGCAACUAACCCAUAUGGUGUGAUGUAUCGUGUUAAAGAGACACCCAUCACGGAAUCUGGAUAUUUAGACCUUAAUCCAGCUACCAACCGCACCGUCAAGAUCGUGUCCAAUGAUAGUCGCAAUUCAGUUACUGGGCACCAAAAAGGCUACAAAAUCCACAUUCCUGCCACACAAUUGCUGCUCGCAGAUCCCAACUCUGUGCAUUUCCGCCGUGCCGCAUUUGCAGACCACCAUUUCUAUUUCACCCGACAGAGUGAGAACGAAUUAUACCCAGCUGGAGAAUUCCCAUGGCAGUCAAUCGGUGGACUUGAAGAAGACUCUGGUUUGCGCCAGUGGGCCGCGAGAAAAGAUCCGCUGGUUCCCGGAAACGGAGUUGUUUGGACAAUCUUUGGAUUCACGCACAACCCACGCCCGGAAGACUGGCCGGUCAUGCCUUGCGAGGUUUUUCGUCUUGCCAUUAAGCCUAGCCAUUUCUUCGAUAAGAAUCCUGCUUUAGAUAUGCCAGCAAGCGAACAAAAGACCAACAAGAGUACAUUGGUCGAGCCAGAGAAGAGCGCUGGGGGAGCUUGCUGCCCUGACUUAUAA